GCAGGUGUGUCCUAUGGGAGUUGUCUUCUUUCUGCUCAAUGUGAUCUACAUCCUGCCCUACUCCACCAGCUUCAAGGACAAAAGCAAAGCCUCCAGCAGCCUCGUCUUACUCUUCCUCUUCUGUUGGUUCAUCGCUGGAGAACUUCCCCAUAACCGAUAAUGAUGAGCAGCGGCUUCCUCCAAAGCCUCCCCACGCCUCCUCCGCUCUCAACACCGGUGCUGGUGUUUUCUAAGUUGGGAGGUUGCGCCUUCUCCAUUGCUCAGAUCGCCAUCGGUGCGGUCUAUCUGGAGGACUGUCCCCUGCAGCACUACAUCCCCAUCUAUCUGAUAGUGCUGGGAAUCUUUGGGCUGGCGCUGGCGGUGCUCUCCUGCCUGCCGUGCACCCAAAGCUGCGAAGACGAGGCCUCGUCCACCCCGCUGAGUCUAGUCUGCACCGCCUGGAACUCGCUGAUGUCUCUAUUCCUCUUCUGCUGGUUUAUAGCCGGUAAUGUGUGGAUCUACUCCAUUUACGAACCCAACUACAUCAAGAACUCAACAAGUGCUGAACCCUACUGCGACAAGACCCUCUACCUGUUUGCCUUCUGGACCACCAACUUGUCCUACAUCGUCAUGGGUCUCUUCCUGGUUUGCGGCUUCUGCUUUUGCCUGUGCGGCGAAGCCAUAAGCAAGGCUUAGGGACCAGCAAACUGACGAGGCGGUGUCUGAUAAGGCGUUUACAAGACCUGAACUGCCUCGUGUCGAUGUCCACCGAAUUCCAACAUGCUGUAGAUUUGUCACCACUGAUCACAGAAGAUGUCCAUAAGAUACCCGAGAUGUAUUCUUUACAUGUUGAACCAGGAGUUGGACUUGCACUUGAUACAGAGUCUGAGAUAAAAUGAACUUUCAGAUCAAAAGAAGAAAAAAAAA